AUGAAACCUCCUCUUUUAACUCUCGCCAUUCCUCGGUUUCCCCUGCCUCUCCCCUCUCUACGUCCUGGUCCUCCGUUCCCCGCAGAUCGCGGGUACGAAUUGGAUUUCCGCGCGGCGAGGGAUUCGAGUCUCGUGCUGCAGAAGUACGGCGAGUACCUCUACGACGCAGCCAUCAUCCUCGCGCCUGAAGUCUCGUCAUUCGGCGGCGUGGUGGACGUGGCGGCGAUCCUCGACUUCGUGGACUCGGGCCACGACCUCAUUCUCGCGGCGGACAGUGGCGCAUCCGACACCAUCCGCGAUAUCGCGCUCGAGUGCGGCGUGGACCUCGACGAGAACCCCAAGGGCGUGGUGAUCGACCACCAGCAGUACGCGCGGGUGAGCGGGCGCAGGGACGACCACACGCUCGUGCUCGGCAGCAACCUCAUCAACUCCUCCGUCAUCCUCGGCGCCGCUCCCAUCAAGGGCCCCGUUCUCUUCCAGGGGAUCGCCAUGACAGUCUCGCCCACGUCCGAGCUGGUGGUGCCGGUGCUGUCGGGCUCCCCCACGGCCUAUGCAGCGGACCCAGCAGCGGCUCUCAAGGAGCCCCCCGCGCUGCAGGGCAAGGCGGUGUCGCUGGUGGCAGCCAUGCAGGCGCGCAACAACGCGCGUGUUCUCAUCUCUGGGUCGCUUGCACUCUUCACUGACAGUUUCUUCCGUGCAGUCGUGGACGUGUCUGCUACCUCUGCCGACCCUGCCUCACAAAACGCCAAGACCUCCCAGUGGCUCUCGCCGGCCGGCAAUGAGCAGUUUGUCACGGAGCUCUCCAAGUGGACCUUCCAUGAGAGGGGGCAUCUCAAGGCUGUGAAUCUGCGGCACAACAAGGCUGGCGAGAGCACGGAGCCUGCCGUCUACCGCGUCUCUGACCACCUGGAGUUCGAAGUGGACAUCUAUGAGUGGGCGGGCAGCGAGUGGGUGCCAUUCAAGGGCGACGAUGUGCAAGUGCAGUUCUACAUGAUGAGCCCCUACGUGCUCAAGACGCUCUCGCACGAUGACAAGGGUCGGUUCUUCACAUCCUUCCAGGUGCCGGACGUGUACGGGGUGUUUCAGUUCAAGGUGGAGCACAAGCGCCUGGGCUACUCCACCAUCUCGCUCGCCAAGCAGAUCCCAGUGCGCCCCUUCCGCCACGACGAGUUUGAGCGCUUCAUCCCGGCUGCCUUCCCCUACUACGCCUCCACCUUCUCCAUGCUCGUUCCCGCAGACGUAGCUGCUGCGCCCGCCAGCGGCGGGGCGGGCGGCGGAGAUCUCGAGGCGGAGUUGGCGGAGAUCGGCGCGCAGCUGGAGGCGGUGGCGGCUGUGCGCGACGACCUGCGCGCGGCGGUGCAGCGGAUGGACGGGCUGACGCGGCAACUGCAGUCGGACCUUCUGGGCGUGCAUCGGCGGCAGGAAGGCGCAGUGCAGCAGGCGGUGCAGAAGGCGCGGGAGAGCGUGCCAAAGCUGCAGGCGGCCUAUGCUGAGCUGGCAGCAAUCAUUGCUCGCCGCCCAGGCGAGUUCUACAGGUUUAGCGACCACUGGCGCAGUCAGAACCACACGGUUGUGUCCCAGCUGGCGUUCGCUCAUUGGCUAGACUCUGGAACGCUGCUCUCGCACAAGCAAUUACAGGAGCAGCUACAGUUGCGGGCAUCAUCGUUCAGCAUCGACCUAGAGGACUACCUCACCGGCCUCUGCGGUCUCUCCAAUGAAUUCCCGCGCUUUGUGAUGAACAGGGUGACAGCGGGCGAUUACGCUGUCCCCCGAGUGGCGGCCGCCUUUCUUAACGACCUCUUCGCUGCCUUCCGCAAGCUCAACCUGCACAACGACAUGUUGCGGAAGCGAUUCGACGGCAUCAAGUACGACCUAAAGAAG